AUGUCUCAAGGAGGUCCUCUGCGAGUUCUAGUGAUCGUUUCACACCGCAGCUCCCGGAUGCCUAAAGCUCAAAGCAACCCGGAAUCUCUGCUACCAAAAGCCAUUCGUCUCCUCAAAUCGACACGCCUAUACGUCCCACAAGAAACCCACCCGACAACGAGACUGAUAGCGGCACAGAAAUGGCAAACGAGGGUCUUCUUCGUCUUCGACAUUGGCCACACAGCCUAUGAUGCGCAGCUCGGCCAUUUACCGGAGCAGAACCGACUCCCGGUGGUGGUUGUGCACCUCAGCAAGAAGAACACCGCAUAUUGGGCCAACGCGUGGUUGUCGAAAAGGGUUAAUAGGGACAUUGCCCUGUUUCACAAUGUUAAUGGGUUUGGGGGUGUUCCACCUUUUGUAGAGGAUCACACCGUUGGAAAGCCACCCGAGUACAUGAACCCAAGGGAUGUGGCGCUUUUCCAAGCAGCUUGUUUGUGA